UCAGUGUGCCCUGACGAUCAGUGUGGCCCCAGAGGUGCCACCUGUCAGUGCUCAUCAGUGCCACAUCAAUGCCACAUAUCAGUGCAUACCAAUGCACAUCAAUGCCACAUAUCAGUGCUCAUCUGAGCUGCCUUUCAAUGUCACCCAUCAGUGCCAGUCAGUGCCACCUAUCAAUGCCAAUCAGUGCCACCUAUCAGUGCUGCCAAUUAGUGCCACCUAUCAGUGCCAGUCAGUGUCGCCUAUCAGUGCUCAUCAGUGCCAUGCCUCAUUAGCGCACAUCAAUGAAGGAGAAAAAUCACUUAUUUACAAAAUUGUAUAA